CUGUAAAUGGGGGAGAUGCCAAGGGCCGUUCCCAUGUGCCAGACCCAGGGCACCCAGCACUCCCUGCUGCCAUGGGCACGGUUGGACCCUGCCCAGUACUUUUCUGGCACCACCAGGAAAAUGGGACUGGGCUUGGGGUGCCCAUGGGGGAACAGGUCAAGAGGGCAGGAUCCAGCCCUGCCUUUAUUGGGGUGCUGCCGUGUGCCAGGGCAGACUGCUGAGCCCCAUUCCCAGUGCUCAGCACCUUCCUUUCCUUGUAGGGCCGUGAUCCCGCUGUAUGACGCUGACACAGGGCUGCUGGUGCUGGCGGGGAAGGGAGAAAACCUCCUGUACUGCUUGGAGGCGGCAUCGGCUCAGCCUGUCCUCACCCAAGUCACUCAGUGCCUGAUGGAGGGACACACACGGGGCCUGGCCACUGUUCCCCGCCUGGCCCUGGACGUCAUGGCCUGCGAGGUGCUCCGCGUCCUGCAGCUCACCAACACCUUCCUUGUCCCUGUCAGCUACAUUGUGCCUCGCAAGUCCAACCAGGAAUUCCACGAGGAUCUGUUCCCUGACUGUGUUGGGAUGCUGCCGGCCACAGAUGCCCAAUCCUGGUGGACAGGGGACAGUCAGCAGGUGGGGAGGGUGAGCCUGCACCCAGCACGGAGACCCACACAGACCUUCUGCUCCCCGCUCAUCGCCGCCGUGCACAGCACCCAGCUGCCCAAUGACGGCCCCGUGGAUACUGACCGCAGUGAGGGCAGUGGCUACUCUUCGCCCUCCGGCUCGCUGACCUCACCGAGCAGCGUCAGCGCCUCACUCUCCACCAGCACCGCCCCCUCCAGUGGCUUCAUCAGCAGCCCCAGCCAGAAGUCACUGCAGAGUAUUUUGGGGCCCAGCUCCCGCUUCCGGCACACACAGGGCACAGUGCUGCACCGUGACACCCACAUCACCAACCUGCGGGUGAGCCUCACCACACCGGGCGAGAGCGACGGCUUCUGUGCCAACCACCAGCGAGUUGCCCUCCCACUGCUCUCUGCUGGUGGCCAGAUCGCUGUCCUUGAGCUCUCCAAACCAGGCCGUCUCCCCGACAUGGCUGUGCCCACCAUCCAGAAUGGUGCAGCAGUGUCCGACCUCUCCUGGGACCCCUUUGACCCACGGCGCCUUGCAGUCGCGGGGGAGGAUGCCAAGAUCCGGCUGUGGCGGGUGCCUGAGGGCGGGCUGCGGGACACACUGCAGGAGCCUGAGGCCGUGCUGAGAGGGCACACGGAGAAGAUCUACUCCAUCCGCUUCCACCCUGUGGCAGCCGACCUCCUUGUCUCCUCUUCCUACGACAUGACAGUGCGGAUCUGGGAGCUGGGUGCGGGGCAGGAGGUGCUGUGCCUGCAGGGACACACAGACCAGAUUUUCAGCCUGGCCUGGAGCCCUGAUGGGAGGAAGCUGGCAACAGCAAGCAAGGAUGGCCGGUUGCGGCUCUAUGAGCCUCGGUGCAGCCUCCAGCCCCAGCAGGAGGGUCGUGGCCCCGAGGGAGGCCGUGGGGCACGCGUGGUCUGGGUGUGCGGAGGUGAUUUCCUCCUCGUGUCCGGCUUUGACAGCCGCAGCGAGAGGAAGAUCCUUCUGUACCGUGCACAGGCCCUGCCUGAUGGGCCCCUCUCUGUUCUCGGCCUCGAUGUGGCCCCAUCCACACUCCUGCCCUUCUACGAUGAGGACACCAGUGUUGUCUUCCUCACCGGCAAGGGUGACACCAGAGUCUUCCUCUACGAGGUGACUCCCGAGCCACCCUAUUUCCUCGAGUGCAACAGCUUCACCUCCAGCGACCCCCACAAGGGCUUCGUCUUCCUGCGCAAGACCGUGUGCAACGUGCGGGAGGUGGAGUUUGCCCGGGCGCUGCGGCUGGGACAGGGCAGCCUCGAGCCGGUGGCUUUCUGUGUGCCUCGUGUCAAGAAAGAGUAUUUCCAAGAGGACAUCUUCCCUCCGACCCGCGUGUGGUGGGAGCCGGCCCUGAGCGCCAGCGCCUGGCUGGGGGGAGCGGAGGGGCAGCAGGGCCGCGCUGAGCUCCGUCCUGCCGACAUGGAGCCAGUCAGCCAGGCCCCGAGGGAGGCACCGGCACGGAAGUUUGUCCCUGCGGCCACGUAUCUGGGGGAGAAGACGGAUGAGCAGAAGAAGGAGGAGCUCCUCAGUGCCAUGGUGGCCCGGCUGGGGAACCGCCACGACCCGCUGCCGCAGGACUCCUUCGAAGGCGUGGAUGAGGCCGAGUGGGACUAGGCCGCAGGCGGACCUCACGGCGCCGCACGGACACCGAGCCUCGCCGGAGAGGAGUCAUCUCAAGGGGACCGGCCCCGCCAUUAAAGCCGCUGCAGCCCGCCCGUGGCUCCUGUGCUUGUGUGAGGACGGAGGAGGACGG